AUGGCAGCUCCCGAGGCCGAGGCACAGGAGGCAGUCUUCCGUACAACAGGGCCGCCUACAGACUCGGAGCCGCGCCCCUUCCCGCCCAGCUCCCGGAAGUUUCCUUUUGAAAGCGCGGCGGCAGACUCUACCGAGGACUGGGCAGUUGCUGCGGAGCAGCAUUUGAAAGGGAGCGGAGAGAACGGCGGAUGGGAGCAGCCGGCACCGGGGGUCCAGCCAAGCCACCCGGCUACGAUGGCCAGCGCUAAGACGAUGUGCGAGGCACAGCUCCACUCGAUGCCAAGCUGCGGCUUGCCCGCAGAUACACAAACUCGAGCUACUUCUAAAUUACCCGUUAAAUCCAAAGAAGCCGACUCACUUAGACAUCUUCAUCCAGGAGGUUCGGAGCCUGAUGUUACAAAAGCCGCCAAACCAAGACGAGAAAAUGGGCAGGUGAAAGUUGCAGAGACAGCUGGCAGGAGGACCCUGAAAAGCAGCUACAAACCAUUUAAUAAGCAAAAGCCGGAGGAGGAACUAAAGGAUAAAAACGAGCUGCUGGAGGCCGUCAACAAGCAGUUACACCAGAAGCUGACAGAGACUCAGGGGGAGCUGAAGGACCUGACGCAGAAAGUGGAGCUACUGGAGAAGUUUCAGGAUAACUGCUUAGCAAUUUUGGAGAGCAAAGGACUCAACCCAGGCCGAGAGACCCUGGCAUCAAAGCAGGAACCCACCACAGAUCACUCGGACUCCAUGCUGCUGCUAGAAACUUUGAAAGACGAGCUGAAGGUUUUCAAUGAAACUGCAAAGAAGCAGAUGGAAGAGCUGCAGGCCUUGAAGGUGAAGUUGAAGUUGAAAGAAGAAGAAAGGAUCCAGUUCCUGGAACAGCAAGCCUUAUGUGAGGACAAAGCCAGUGACCUCACAAUAGUCCUGGAGGAAAUGGAGCAGCUCUUAGAAAUGUAACGCACGGCUGGCGGCCAGGGCUUCUUCCUGGAUAAACUCGGCAGAGGCCACUUAGGAUAUCUUCAAGGACUCACUAUCCCUUAGGUAAAGCCCUUCUGCAGCAGUUGAUCGGUUAAGGUGGUUGAUGCUGGGGCUCCUCCCUUAAGCAGAUCCCCACCUUCAGAUGGCUCUGCUCUCCCACAAAGGAGGAACCUGGGAGUUUGACUCCACAUCCUGUGCAACAGAGAAAGCAGCAGCCCCUAAUUAGAGCUAGGAUGCCAAACCAGCCACGUUGAAGACUCUAGAGACGCUUACUUGGAAACGUGGGAAAGAAAGCUCACACCACGACAGCUCGAGCACUGUGUGGGAGACGUCACUGGUCACUGCGAGCCAUGCUGUCCCCUUUGUCUCUCUCUCUCUCUGGUUGAGCUAAGUUUAUAAACUUGAAAUUCUUGACUUUUUUUGGCUUAAUAAAUGGGGUGGAAGUAUAUAAAGUAGCACCUACCUGAAACUACACCCAGAGCUUUGGAAAUAAAUAUUUCUAUGAAUAUUAAUAUUCUAA